CAAUUCUUGGUUCUUCAAACCGGUGCCCCGACGACGCAGGAACUCAAGACUCAACUCCGACUACGCCGGAAUUCGGACGGGGUCGGACCAGAAAGCAUGGAAGAAUCCGCGAACUCUGCUGGCUCCAACGACUUGGAGAAGGAGGAGGUAUUGGACAGAAUGUUGACUCGGUUGGCUCUCACAGAUGAUCCCAAACUGGAAACCGUGCUCCCCAAGAUACUUCCAUAUUCCAUUUCUAGUCUCUCCUCCGGUUCGCCCGCGAUCAGAAAGAAGGUCAUGGAGAUUUUGACUCAUUUAAACAAGCGAGUGAAACAUCAAAAGUCAAUUAGAUUACCAGUGAUGGAGCUGUGGAAGGAAUACGUGGAAGUUGGUGCUGCUCUUAUAGUCAGGAACUUCUGUAUGAUAUAUAUUGAAAUGGCCUUUGAUCGCUUGACCGCAGAGGAGAAAGCAGAUAUGGCUCCAAUGUUGAUUGCUAAUAUUUCCAAGUUUCCUUCGCAACAUCAAGAUAUAUUACUAAGAAUAGUUAUGAAGGUCAUUGGUGAAUGCCAUAAAUGUCAAAUUGAAGAAAGCAUUGCUUUGAAGUACAAACUAGGGAGUGAUGAUGACAGAGGGUUGUUUGUUGAGUUCUGCUUACUGACAGUUUUGUACCAGCCUACAUCACCAAGCUCUGGGGGAGAGGGGACCUCCCCUGGUCUUUCAGUUGCUCAAACCAAUCAAGUUACUGGCAAACUUCCACUUAAAGGAGAUGAAAUUUUAUCAAGAAAGUUGGGAAUUCUUAAUGUGAUAGAGGCUUUGAACUUGGAUCCUCAGCUAAUUUAUCCACUUUAUUUGGCUGCGAGUGCCGACAGUCAAGAGCUGGUUAUAAAGAGAGGAGAAGAACUUUUGAAGAAACUUGCAUCUAGAGUUAACCUGGAAGAUCCAAAACUAAUCAAUAAGCUUUUCUUGCUCUUGACUGGUACAGUUGCAGGUGGAAGUACUCCUCCAGAAUCAAGGAUUAAUCCUGUGAACCCCACAUUCAGACUUAGACUGUUGUCCAUCUUUUGCCGCUCCAUCACUGCUGCAAACACUUUUCCUUUGACGCUGCAGUGCAUCUUCAACUGUAUUUUUGGAAGUGACUCUACUUCAAAGUUGAAACAAUUGGGCAUGGAGUUUACUGUUUGGGUUUUCAAACAUGCAGUGUUUGAUCAGUUGAAGCUUAUGGGCCCAGUUAUAUUGAGUGGAAUUACAAAAUUUGUUGAUGCACAUGCUGCUUCUGGAUCUGAAACUUCUUUCCGGGAGAUGAAAAGUUUUGCAUUCCAAGCAGUUGGGCUACUUUCGCAUCGAAUGCCCGAGCUCUUUAGAGAAAAAGGUGAGAUGGCUGUUCGCCUUUUUGAUGCAUUGAAAGCAGAGGAUCAGUCUUUGCGUCUUACCAUUCAGGAUGCUCUUAAUGCUCUCUCAUUAGCUUAUAAGGGAGCUCCUGUAUCUGUCUUAAAGGACUUGGAAAUGCUUAUAUUGCAGAAUUCUCAAGCAGUUCAAAGUGAAGCAAGGUUCUGUGCUAUGAGGUGGGCAACAUCUUUGUUCGACCUUCAACAUUGUCCAAGCCGUUUUAUUUGUAUGCUUGGGGCUUCGGAUGAGAAACUAGAUGUAAGAGAACUUGCUCUGGAAGGUCUGCAUCUGACGAAAGAUUAUGAUCAAGAUUCAAAUUCUGAAAGUGACUUUAAGUAUCCCAAAUUAAAUGACAUGCUAAAUUACACAUGUAGUCAGCAGCCAAAGGUGUUGGGUUCUCCUGACACUAGGGAAGGCGGCCUUUUAUUUCCUGCAAAGACCUAUGUGGCUAUGAUAAGGUUUUUGCUGAAAUUAUUCAAUGUAGACUAUCAUCGUACUCUUUCAACUGGAGAUACCUCAGAGUUCUGUUCAUCUUUCAAUACCAUGUUCUUGUUGCUUGAACAUGCUUUGGUGUAUGAAGGCUCCGUUGAACUUCAUGCAAUUGCUACAAAGGGUUUGGUCACCAUUGGUUCCCGGUUUCCUCAGAUAAUAGCGUCGCGCUAUGCUGGAAGAAUAACAUGGUUAAGGCAGUUCUUGGGACACAUUAGUGCUGAGACCCGUGAGUGUGUCUCUCGUUUGAUGGGAAUAGCAUGUUCUGAACUCUCUUCAUCUGAAACUUCUGCUCUUAUAUCUGAUCUUUGCUCUCAUUUGAAGGGAACUGAGUUGCGAAGGUUUGAAAGUUUUCAUGGAGAAAUAUGUGCACUUGGGUAUGUUGUUGCUCAAUGUCGAACUGGAAGACCAGAUGUAGCGGAGCCCUUAAUUGUCAACUCUGUUGAAGUGCUCGCUGAGUUAGUUAAGUCAGAGAGCUUAACGUUGGCUGCUGUUGCAAUGGAAGCACUUGGACAUAUAGGGUUGCGUGGUCCCUUGCCACUACUUUUUUGUGAUUCUAACAAUGCUGCUGUGUUGACAACACUAAAUGAAAGACUGAGUAAAUUGCUCUGUGGUGAUGAGGUCAAAGCUGUCCAAAAAAUCGUGAUUUCUCUGGGACAUGUCUCUUACAAGGAAACGUCCCUUUCUCUUCUGAAUUUGGCACUUGACUUGAUCUUUGUUCUCUGUAGGUCCAAGGUUGAAGAUGUAUUAUUUGCUGCUGGGGAGGCUUUAUCCUUCAUAUGGGGUGGUGUGCCUAUUACUGCUGAUAAGAUACUUAAAUCUGAUUAUAUUUCUCUUUCUUUCAGCUCAAACUAUCUUACUGGUGACAUGCCAUCGUUUUCAUCUAAGAUUGACAUGAAUAGCAUGGGUAUUGAUGAUGAAGACACUCGUAUCUUGGUCCGAGAUAAUGUAUGUAAGAAAUUAUUUGAUGGGCUGCUUUAUAGUAGCCGAAAAGAGGAAAGAUGUGCAGGAACUAUAUGGCUACUGUCUUUGACAAUGUAUUGUGGACACCAUCCUAAAAUCCAAGACCUGCUUCCUGAGAUUCAGGAAGCCUUUUCUUAUCUACUUGGUGACACGAAUGAGCUCACACAAGACCUAGCAUCACAAGGCAUGAGUAUUGUUUAUGAAAUUGGUAACUCAGCCAUGAAGCGCGACUUGGUGAAUGCACUUGUCGGCACACUUGCAGGAACAUCGAAGAGGAAGAAGGCGAUAAAGUUAACAGAGGAUUCUGAAGUUUUCCAAGAGGGGACUAUUAGUCAAAGUCCUAGUGGUGGAAAGCUUAGCACAUAUAAAGAACUUUGUAAUAUGGCUAAUGAAAUGGGGCAGCCUGACUUAAUAUAUAAAUUUAUGGAUCUAGCUAAUUAUCAAGCCUCAUUAAAUUCUAAGAGGGGUGCAGCUUUUGGAUUCUCCAAGAUAGCAAAACAAGCUGGAGAAGUUCUUCAGCCAUUUGUGCGCUUACUGGUUCCUAGACUUGUUCGCUAUCAAUAUGAUCCUGAUAAAAAUGUGCAGGAUGCAAUGGGCCAUAUAUGGAAAUUCCUCGUGGCUGAUCCAAAGAAAGCUGUUGAUGAGCAUUUUGAUGACAUUGUUGAUGACCUAUUAAUACAGAGUGGAUCAAGGCUUUGGCGCUCACGUGAGGCAUCUUGCCUUGCCCUUGCAGAUAUCAUUCAGGGCCGAAAAUUCAGUCAGGUGUCAAACUAUUUGAGAAAAAUUUGGACGGCGGCCUUUCGUACUAUGGAUGAUAUAAAGGAAACUGUUCGUAAUGCUGGUGAAAGAUUGUGUCGUUCACUUAGCUCACUUACUAUUAGGUUAUGUGAUGUUUCACUAACUGAAAAGGCUGAUGCAAUUAGCGCAAUGGAGAUUGUGCUGCCUUUUCUUCUUCGUGAAGGCAUCAUGAGCAAGGUUGUCAAUAUCCAAAAGUUAUCAAUUGACAUGGUUAUGAAGCUUUCUAAGGGUGCUGGGGACGUGAUCCGGCCACAUCUUCCUGACCUUGUUUCUUGUAUGCUGGAAAGUCUUUCGAGUUUAGAAGACCAGCGGUUGAAUUACAUUGAGUUGCAUUCAGUAAAUAUUGGAAUUCAAUCAGAAAAGCUUGAAAACUUGCGUGUUGCUGUUGCUAAGGAUUCGGCAAUGUGGGAAACGCUUGAUGUGUGUCUAAAGGUUAUUGAUGUUCAGUCUUUGGAUCAUUUGGUUCCUCGUCUUGCACAGUUAGUUCGAUCUGGAGUCGGAUUAAACACAAGAGUAGGUGUUGCAAGCUUCACCAGUUUGUUAAUUCAAAAAAUCGGUGAUGGGAUAAAACCUUUUACAAAUUUGUUGUCAAAGAUCUUGUUUCCAGCUACUUUGGCAGAAAAAAGUGGAAUUGCGAAGCGUGCUUUUGCAGGUGCUUGUGCAAGUACACUGAAGUACGCUGUUCCAUCUGUGGCACAGCAGCUGAUAGAGGACACCACUGCAUUGCACAUUGGUGACAAGAAUUCUCAGCUUUCUUGUGCUAUUCUGUUAAAGAACUAUUCUCAUCUGGCUUCAGAUGUUGCAAGUGGUUAUCACAGUGUGAUUCUUCCUGUGGUUUUUGUUGAAAGAUUUAAUGAUGAUAAAGAUGUGUGUAACGUGUUUGAUGAGCUGUGGGAAGAAAUAUCAAGUAGUGAAAGUGUUACACUUCAACUGUACUUAGGUGAAGUUGUUUCACUUCUUUGUGAUUUCUUGACGUCAACAUCAUGGGCUAGCAAAAAGAAGUCUGCAAAAGCUAUUCAGAGAUUGAGUGAUGUUCUGGGCGAAUCCUUAUCAGUUUCCCAUCAAGAUCUGCUCAAGUGCCUUUUGCAAGAAAUGCCUGGUCGAUUAUGGGAGGGAAAAGAGUCAAUCUUACAUGCUGUUGCUGCUCUGUCCGCAUCAUGUCAUAAAGCAAUGUCUGCGGAAGAUCCUUCAACUCCAAAUACAGUUAUCAAAGCUGUAUCUUCUGCUUGUCUGAAAAAAUCCAAGUCAUAUCGUGAUGCUGCUUACUCUUCUUUACAGCAGGUUAUCAAGGCUUUUGGUAGUCCUGAUUCUGUGAUUGUAGUGCUUCCCAUGUUGCUUGAGGCAUGUAGCGACAAUAAGGUUGCCAAGCAUACCAUUCCUUCUGUUUCAGGCAGUACAGCCCAAGGAGCUGAUGGCCUGGAGGAAGAGAGAUCUUUGCCAGUAGACAAGGUUAUAGAUUGUGUUGCUGCCUGCAUUAGCAUUGCAGAUAUGAAGUAUGUCAUGGAGCACAGAGAUGGAUUAGUAAACGUGUUGCUUUAUGCCUUCUCUCCUAGCUUCCCCUGGACAGUCAAAGUCUCGGUUCUUUCUGCGGUUAGAGAACUUUUUGCAAGGUUCAACAGCUUUCCACUAUCUGCUUGUGAAUCUCCUUCCCUAGAAUUGAGUUCCUUUGUUAAUGAGUCAUUUCACUCGCUGAAUGUUAGGGUAAUCGAGUGCAUCAAGAUAGUAAAAAUUGCACAGGUUCAUGUUGCUGCCUCGGAAUGCCUCUUAGAUAUGAUUAAAGUUUUCCAAGCCGUUUCCGGUAGACAGGUGGAGGAGAAGUUCAAAGACGAGCUGCUAUAUCUUCUUGAUGUUGAAAAGAACGAGGUCGCGAAAUCAUUGCUGAAACAGUGUAUAGAAAGCUGUUGUGGCAUCUAUGUGGAGAACUCCUAAAAACCAUGCUCCGCUUGACUUUGUCCAGAAAAAUGUGGAGAGCACCUUCUCUAGCAGAAGCAUUUGCAUUCGGCUUGAUCCACCAAGCCACCCAUGGGCAAAUGUUUUCCGCACCCAGUCGAAUCAUAUCUUUAUUGGCACUCAAGUGACGAGCACUAUACUCUUAGUAAUCCAUCCAGCCAACUAGUUUCUCCAUGUUUUGAACUUGAUGCUGCAUCUGGAGCCCAUUCGAUUGCCAAACCGAAUUCAAUCAGUUUCUACACGAUCCUGCAUCUGGAGCUCGUUCAAUUGUCAAAACCACCUCAAUCGGCUAAGCUUGGCGUCUCCCCGAAACUGUUCUAUCGGACUAUUCAAUGUGACGCAUCUUGGAUGUUGAUGGAUGCCCAUGGGCAGUUCUACCAAAUUAUGUCAGAGGUGCAUGUUGGAUGAUAAGUUAUUGGUUUAAUAAAAUUUUUAUGGUUUAAGGUGA